AUGGUUCUUAUAAUGUGUGGAAAUCUUCUUGUAAUAAUCUCCAUCAUUUACUUUAAACAGCUCCACACUCCUACAAACUAUCUUAUUCUCUCUCUGGCUGUGGCUGACCUGUUAGUAGGAGUUGUAGUUUUGCCUUUUAGCGUGAUACUCUCUGUAGGUUCAUAUGGGUGUCUUGAAGAUUAUCUCUACAGAUAUUAUGCAGUGUGUCAGCCUCUGAGGUACAGAAUUAAAAUAAAUGUCAGAGUUGUUGUGAUCAUGAUCCUGGUGAGCUGGACUAUUUCUGCUGUAACUGGAAUCGGUGUCACAGUCGUGGGACUGAACCAAGAACAAUAUAUCAGCGGGUGUGCUUUAAUUCAGACUACACGUUUCCUUGAAACUACAACAACUACAGGAGUUGUAUUUGUUUUUUACCUCCCUGCUAUCAUAAUGUCCACCAUCUACCUAAAGAUUUUGAUGGUAGCACGGAGACAGGCACACAGCAUCCAGAACACAACAAAGACUGAAGCAACUGUCAGUAAGACGGAGAGAAAGGCAACUAAAACUCUGGCUAUUGUGAUGGGGGUUUUUUUCAUGUGUUGGACUCCUUUUUUUCUUUGCAUCACCUUUCUGCCUUUGAGCAAUUAUACGAUACCGGUUCCUGUAAUUGAAACAUUUAAGUGGCUUGGAUGGUCAAAUUCAAUGCUCAAUCCAUGUGUUUACGCUUUCUUUUACAGCUGGUUUCGGUCUGCUUUUAGAAUGAUCAUUACUGCGAAAAUAUUCCAAGGUGAUUUUUCUAACUCUAAGCUGUUUUGA